CCAAAUGCUUAUAGAGGCAACAAAGGCUAUAGUGGGAAGUGUGAAACAAUGGGAGAAUGGGAUACUCGUUUGAUUUCCCAGACAUUUUGUGUCUCCUCCUUCACCCUGCAUUUCAGAGAGAGCUCACUCUGCCAAGUGGAGUCGAGUCACAUUUAAUUUUAGCCACAGCACAGGGCAGCCACAACUUGACUGCUUCUCACUGCUAACUCUGCUUACUUACUGCUGCUGCAGAAGGAGAGAAGCUGAUCAGACCAGGGCAGCAGUGAGCUACCCCCCAACUGUGACAAGCAGUCUUCUACAGGUAGGUCCACGGAAUAGGAUAAGGACUCCACCCAUUAAGACCAGGAGUGUGUGUGUGUGUGUGUGGAAAGGACCCAGGAGAAAACCAGAACCUUAACUUGAACUAUAACAACAGCAACGCCCCCCAUGGAGUGCCAGGGGGUCCUGCUGCAUUUCCUGAGCAUCGUCUUCAUCCUGAGCUCCCUGUUCAAUCUGGCGCGCUUCUGGAGAACGCCUGCAUUUUACGGACGCUACCAGGACCCCUCUGGCAGUGGUUGUGUGGUGCCAGCCAAAGUGGCCUGGUUUCUGCAGGAGCUUCCAGCCUUUCUGUGUCCCCUGCUGCUACUUUUGUUCACCUCAAAUGAAGCCUCCGCAGUGGGCAUGUACAUACUGUUUGGAAUGUUUGGCCUGCACUACUUUCACAGGACAUUUAUCUACGCCCCACUGACCUGUGGACAGCCAUUUCCUGUUGAUGUCAUGGUGUCGGGAGCAGCCUUCUGUACGGGAUCAAUAUUGUUUUACCUUGGAAUGGCCAUCAAUAUCCACAGUGACCGCAUUCUUCGCAACCUCAGAAAACCUGAUGAGAAAACGUACAAGAUCCCCAGAGGAGGCCUAUUUGAGUAUGUGUCCUGUGCCAACUAUUUCGGGGAGAUUCUGGAGUGGCUGGGUUACGCCAUAGCAGCCUGUUCCUUACCCUCCUUCUCCUUCACCUUCUUCUCGUGGUGUUUCAUCAUCCCCAGAGCCCACAAUCAUCACAGGUUUUACCAUGAGAAAUUUGAAGAUUACCCCAAAUCUCGAAGAUGCAUCAUUCCUUUUAUCUAUUAGAGCCUGUGUACACUUAACUGUAACAUACCAGAGCACUGGAGCAUUGCCUUUGUGAUUUUAUAGAAAAUGUUCAUAUAAUACAGGACCCAUGUUAAAUGUAAUUUUCUCAUGUUGUUUAAAACUCCUAUUUCUAAAUAACAAAAUCUGUUCAUUUAACUUUAAAAUAUAAACAGUGACACUUUAGGUUACUUCAUAAGAGUGACAUGACACUCUUAUAACCCUAACACUAACCCUUACCUGUCAUGACAAAAACCGAAUGACACUAGACAGAAGCGAGUGACAGAAGUGUGACACAUUCAUGACAGUGUCAUGUCACUCUUAUGUAGAUACUGUACCUUCAAGUAAAGUGUAACCAUAGAAACAAACAGAAGAAAAGAGUUUUGGUUGCAGGUCCUUUAUGCACAUUGUCCUUCAAUUAAAAGAUGAAAUAUGAACAGUAAA